AUGCCUGAAAGGAUUAUAUUUGACAAUGCGCUGAAUUUGAAUAACAGCACAAUAGCAGAAGUCUGUGAACAGUUCAAUAUCAAACACCAUAAUUCGUCACCGUAUUGUCAAAAAAUGAAUUGUGCAGUAGAGGCGGCUAACAAAAUUAAGAAGAUUGUGGCAAAAAUGGCUGAAACUUACAAGGAUUGGCAUGAGAAAUUACCAUUCGCUCUUUUGGAUUACCGAACAUCUAUCAGGACUUCUACUGGGGCAACUCCUUUUUCUUUGGUUUAUGAAAUGGAGGCAGUUCUACCUAUUGAGGUGGAAAUUCAUUCUCUCCGGGUAUUGGCUGAGUUAAAACUAGAUGAGGCUGAAUGGAUCCAAUCUCAGUAUGAUCAAUUGAACCUGAUUGAAGAGAAAAGGUCAUGUUCCUCAGAGAGAAGAUCAGUGAAGAUAAUAGAUUUUGCCUUCUUGCACUGA